AUGGCCAAGACCGGCUCCAAGCGCAAGCAGACUGUCGCCUUCCUCAAGUCGGGCGCCCUCAAGGGCCAGAUCGACGCCCGCCACAAGCGCAAGGACUUUGCCCAGAAGAAGAAGGGCCGCGACGCCAAGCGCAACAAGGGCGUCCUCCCCGCCCACCAGCAGCCAAAGGCCGACGUCAGCGACGACGAGUUCGAGGAGGUCAAGCGCCGCAAGGAGGAGGCCGACGAGGUCGACAGCGACGAGGACGAGGCCGAGAUGGGCGUCGACGACGUGCUCGGCGCAGAGGGGCUCGGCAGUGACGGCGGCGAGCAGGACGGCGACGAGGGCGAGGACGACGGCUCCGACCUCGAAGACGACGACCUGUCCAACCUCGAGGACGACGAGGGCCAGCACAUGGCCGACAUCGCCGCCCUCGCUCAGAAGGACCCCGACUUCUUCAAGUACCUCCAGGAGAACGACCCCGAGCUCCUCGACUUUGCCGACCAGGACGGCGCCGGCGCCGAGGACGACGAGGACGAGGACGAGGACGAGGAGAUGAGCGAGGAGGAGGACAGCGAGGACGAGGCGCGCGGCAAGAAGGCCUCGAAGGGCAAGGGCAAGGAGAAGGCGCAGCCCAAGAAGGCGCGCGACGAUGUCCUCACCAAGGACGUCCUGCGCUCGUGGCAGAAGAACAUCCUCGAGACCCGUUCGCCGCGCUCGCUCCGCAAGCUCCUCCUCGCGUUCCGCUCGGCGGCCCAGUCGGGCAACAACGACGACGAGACGAUGGGCCGCGACGCGCGCGCCACGGCCGCCGCCGAGCGCUACCGCAUCGUCGACCCCAAGGUGUUCGAGAAGGUCGUCACGACGGCGCUCAAGUACACGCCCGUCGUCCUCCAGACGUACUCGCCGUACAAGGAGGUCGCCGGCAAGUACAAGCUGUCGACCAACUCGAAGCAGUACGCGACGACGCAGCGCCUCCUCAAGUCGUACUUUGUCUCGCUCCAGGCCCUCCUCAACACGACCUCGUCGGCGUCGGGCAUCCCGUCGCUCGCCGUCGCCGAGUCGGCAAAGCUCGUGCCCUGGGUCGUCGGCAACCGCAAGGUGGCGCGCGGGUGGGUCAAGCUCCUCCUCAGCCUGUACGACUCGGCGAGCGACGAGGUGCGCGUCCAGGCCUUCUUGGCGCUGCGCAAGCUCGCCGUCGCGGCCGACCACAGCCUGCGCGAGUCGGUCCUCAAGGGUGCCUACGCCGCGCUCCUCGGCUCGUCGCGCCAGACGUCGAUGUACACGUUGGGCGCCAUCACGCUCAUGAAGAACUCGGCCUCGGAGCUGUUCCUCCUCCCCGGCAAGCAGGAGGGCGACUUGGCGUUCCAGCUCGCGUUCGGCUACAUCCGGAGCCUCGCCAUCCUCCUGCGCAAGGGCGUCAAGGACGCGAGCAAGGAGGCGUUCAAGAGCGUGUACAACUGGCAGUUCGUGCACGCCGUCGACUUCUGGAGCCUCGUCCUGUCGGCGUCGUGCGACAAGCAGCGGGUCGCCGAGCAGGGCGAGAGCCCGCUCCAGCCGCUCCUGUACCCGCUCAUCCAGGUCGUCCUCGGCGCCAUCCGCCUCGUCCCGACGUCGCGCUACUUCCCGUUGCGGUUCCACCUCGUGCGGGCGCUCCUGCGCAUCAUCCAGCGCACGGGCACCUACGUCCCGGUCGCGACGUCGCUGUUCGAGGUCCUCGACUCGCCCGAGCUCACCAAGCGGACCAAGCCCUCGACGCUCAAGCCGCUCGACUGGGACUACUACCUCAAGUGUCCGACGGCGUACCAGCGCACGCGCGUGUACGCCGACGCCCUCGUCGACGAGGUCGUGUUCCUCCUGAGCGAGUUUUACGGCGCCCUGUCAACGUCGAUCGCGUUCCCCGAGCUCGCGCUGCCGGCGUGCGUCGCGCUGCGGCGGCACGCCAAGAAGCUCGCGGCGCCCAAACUGUCGCAGCAGGUCAAGCAGCUCGUCGACAAGCUCGAGGCCAACGCGCAGUGGAUCGAGCAGCGCCGCGAGCAGGUCGAGUUUGCGCCGGCCAAGCGCGACAAGGUCGACCGGUUCCUCGCCGGCGACGACGGCCACAAGACGCCCAUGGGCACGCACGUCAAGCUGCAGCGCAAGCUCAGGGAGCAGAAGAAGGCCCAGAUGGAGCGCGCCAUGCACGCCGGCGAGGACAUCUGA